GAAAACAAAUCGAUCUGCUUAUUAGCGAUCUUCUUUACGAAAUAGUAGACAAAGCAGCUUAUAUCAAAUUACCUUCUAAGUUCAUGGUUCUGUAUGGAAUUCAUCGAAAAAGUUAUCCAUUGUCCAAACCUUCAACGUUUUGUACCAGUGGUAUUGGAAUAUUAGCGACAAAAUUGAUCUUAACUGCCAAUGAGGUGAAAUUCAAUCAAUCUGAAGCAAUAUUUUUGACUGAAUCAAUUCCAUAUCUGCGAGAUUUAUUGAAUCCCAACGAUUAUGAUAAAUUUUUCAUUCGUCUCAUGAUUCUUCGAGGAAUCAAAGAAUCUAAAGUUGAUUAUCUUCUAAUGGCAAAUGAAGUUUUCGAAAAAUCUGACCUUAAAUGGGUUCAAACAGCAAAUCAAACAUUUUUUAGUUCGUCUAUUCUUAAAUCAAUGAUCAACAAGAUGAACGAAAAUAAUUUGGACACGUUAUUGGAUCACCACCGACACGAUGAAAUUGUUGAACUAUUAGCAUCUAAAUCUGAGCUCUCUAGACAAGAAGAAGUGUACCUUUGUCGCGCUAUUCAGUCAUCAAAACAAUGGAAACGUGGAAUCGAAAUUAUUGCUAAAAGUAAACAAUUAACUGAUCGAUUGUUAAAACUGUUACGAGCUUGUUUAAAGAAUGGUGAUAAACUAUCAAUUGAUCGUGAGUUGGCCAUUAAUUUGCUCAAAUUAGGGACUAAAGACUACAAUGCAAUGGCCUGGACUUGUAUUCUACAAACAUUCAUAAAUGAAAUGCGAGAUGGUAAAUUAGACGAUGGAAAAAUCACUGGUUUGAUUGGUUCAGUUCACGAUUAUUUAGGUCAUAGAGAUGCUUGUUGUGAUUACAAUGGAGAGUUUUUAUCUCUCGCACUUGAUUAUCUGAUUUUUCAAUGUAGCAGAAUCAAAGAGGGGCUAAUUCUCAGCUGCCUUGGCUGCUAUUACAAACAAUUAGAAUGUAGCUUUCUAUCAGCUAAUCAUGAAUCAGGAGUUUCUCUACGUUGGAAGGACAUUCGUCCUAUUUACGAUUACUUCAUCCCUGAAACUUUACCAAAGUUUGAUAGUGAAACAGAUAAAUCAAUCGAUUUAAAUACUGUAGAGCUUCUACGCAAUUUACUUCCCUUGGUCCCUGAAAAUUUAAAUCCUGAAAGAUUUUCCAGUUCUGUCAAAGAAUAUAUCGAUCAUGGAAAAUCAAUUGAACCUACAACAAGUAUUUUAACAAAUCAUGUUACUCAAGACCUUUACUAUUAUUUAGCUGAUUAUUACUUAAAACACGGCCACUUUCAAAAAGCCAGCAAAUUUUAUAUUCUUGAUUUAACUUUAAAUCGAAGUCGAUUUGAUUCAUGGGUUGGUUGUGCUCUCGCAAUAACAAAUCAAUAUUCUUCGACUAGUUGUCGAGAUUUCUGCUCAUCUACUGAAGAAAUGUUGCUUUUAGAAGAAAAAGUAUUACGGUGUUUCAAUGAAGCGAUUCGGCUUAAAGAUAAUAAUUCAAGGUAUGGUUCGAAAAUGGAAAGUGUGCUUAUAACAUCGCGAGCUAUAUUUCUCGAAUCAUGAAAAUCCGGCCAGUGUUGGAAAAUUCGGGGAAAGAAACAAUGAAUCAACGGCGAAAGCAAUUCUUAGAUCAAGCUCGAGUUUGCUUCGAAUCAGCUAACAAAUUUGGUGAUGCUGAUGAAAUUUGGAUGA